UGAGAAUCUGUCCUUCUUUCUUUAGUAAAGAUAAGCUUUAAUCUCUCACGGCGAUGGGAGGAGCGGCGGAGCUGAAGGUGGUUUUGGUUUUGAUGAUGGUGGUGGUUGUAAUGAUAGGAGGAGGAGGGGUGGAAGCACAGAGCUGGUGCGUGGCGAGGAGCAACGUAAGCGAUAAGGCGCUGCAGACGGCGUUAGACUACGCAUGUGGUGCAGGGGCAGACUGUGCACCCAUCCAGUCCAACGGCCUCUGCUAUUUACCAAACACACUGGUUAGCCAUGCCUCUUACGCCUUCAACAGCUUCUACCAGCGCAAGGGACAGGGUUCCGGCACCUGCGACUUCAGCGGCACCGCCAAUAUUGCCAUUUCCGAUCCCAGUUAUGGAUCUUGCGUUUUCCCAUCGUCUCUAAGCACGGCCGGAGGAACGACGUCAACACCAACACCAACGUCAACACCAACUACAGGCACCACUGCAUCGACACCAACAACAUCAUCAACGAAUACGCCGGUCUAUAGCUUAGCCCCAGGCUCAUCAAUACCCACCACAGACACCAACAAAGCUGCUUUAAGGCCUUCAAUUACCAUUGUCUUGCCUUUUUCUUUGUUGCUUAGUUCCUUUACUUAUCUUUUCACCCAUGUAGUCUCUGUUCAAAGAUAAGUUUUUUUGUAAUUUCUCAUUGCUGAGGGGGCUUCAUUUUUGCUAGAUGUUGGGGCCCUAUUUAGUAAUACUGUCACAUAUACACGCCCCUUACAAGGAGUUGGCCCCUCUUAGUCUUUAAAUACUAAAAUUUUGGAUCUCAUUUGGACAGAUUGAAUUGAGUCAUAGAGAUUAGGAACCAAUUUCACAGGAUUUUCUUAUCCCUAA